AUGGCAGCAAUCGAUCAACCCACUAAAAACACGGCAGACCAUUUUGGAUCAGAAGAACCCAAAAUUAAGACACUUGUUAUCGAUACCAAUGCGAUCAUCAAUGGCAUUUCCCUGAGAAACCUCGCCGAGGAGUUUUAUACUUGUCCUGAAGUAAUGGUUGAAAUUCGCAGUAGUCAUUCCCGUGAUUUCCUUACUCGUCUUCCCUUUGAAAUCCAAAUCGAACAACCAAGUGAAGAAUCCAUGAAGGCUGUUGUGGAGUUCUCAAAGAAGACUGGUGAUUAUGCUUCGCUCUCUAUUCCUGAUAUAAAGGUCCUUGCAUUGGCACACACAUUUGCCAUGAAGGCUCCUGGUCAUGAAGAGAUUCGCUCAGAACCUCUCAAGGGACCUGCCAAGAAGGGACCUACUCCAAAAAAGACAAACACACCAGCUGCCCCCCAACCCGUUAAAAAGGAAACAGAUGAACCUGUCAAAGAGAAAACAAAUGAAUCUGCCAAAGAGGAAGUAAAGGAAUCUGUCAAGGAAGAAGAUCCCGUUGAAUAUCUUGUCCAGUCUGUGGAUGAUAUUAUUAUCGAUGAGAAUAUCGAUGAGGAUGACAGUGAUGCUGGAGAUUGGAUUACACCUGAAAAUGUAGGAGAGUUCCAGGCUGCACAGCUGGGUGUGACCCCAGAAGAGAUGCGCAAACCUAAGAAAAUGGAGGUUGCCUGUGUCACAAGUGAUUUUGCCAUGCAAAACGUACUCUUGCAAAUGAACAUGAACCUCGUCUCAGCAGGAGGACAUCGCAUUAAAAAGGUCAGAAACUGGGUCUUGCGAUGCCACGCCUGUUUCACAGUCACCACAGACAUGGAGAAGAAGUUCUGUCCCAAGUGUGGAAAUGCUUCUUUGAUGCGUGUUUCAUGCAGCACAAAUAACAAGGGACAAAUUGUAUACUACCUGAAACGUAACUACAACUAUAACUUGCGUGGCACAAAGUAUGAUAUUCCUAACCCUAAGGGUGGACGUCAAGUAAACAAUUUGGUCUUGCGCGAAGAUCAAAACGAAUAUGUCAAAGCUACCCGUGGCCAUCAGAAGAAGAAGCUUGUUGAUCUUUUUGACCCUGAUUUCACGCCAAUCUAUGGCAAGAUGGAGACACGGACACCGGGUAACAAUAUGUAUGGUACUGAUGUCAUUGGCUUUGGUCGUAAGAACCCAAAUGCUACAAACAAAAGAACUGGCAGAAAGAAGUAA